UUAAUUUUAUCAGAAUUCUCCUUUUUGCUAAAACAAUGCACUGUUGCAAAAAACAAAAUUAGAAGGAUGUUGAAGCUCUCAAACAACUCUCACUUACAGAGGUCGAUAAAUUUAUGUCCCUAUGGAGUGGUGGUAAGCCAUUUAAGGAUGAUUAUGAGAGGAGAAUUUUGACAACACUUGAUAUUAGGCAGUUGAGCCAAGAUGGCAGGAUGGGGAACCCCGACGAAAAGCCUCUAGUGUUACCAGCGGCGCAGACUGUUUUACAGACUGAGAUUGUUGAAAGAACUAAUGCGAAACCAUUAAAGGAAGACUCAGCACCUCCUGCUCAGAAAAUACAUAAAGAGAAGAAUAGCAAGCAGCCAAAAGAAGCAAGUAGCAAGGUUAUAGAAAGUAGCACGAAAAAGUACAUCUUUGAUAUUGAAGAGGAAAUCCAUAGUUUAGAAAAGCAACCCAAUGAUAUGAAUCCCAAGAGCAAGGAAGUUGAUGAAGCGAAAUUGACGGAGAUGAAGAGAGAGGAUGAGAUAGCCAAAAAUAAGAAGGCAAUGGAGAGGAAUAAGAAGUUGGCCGAGAAAGCAGCUGCCAAAGCAGCAAUAAAAGCUCAGAAAGAAGCUGAAAGGAAGCUCAAGGAAAAUAUCAUUUUAAUUCUAUCAUUUUUUUCUCAUUUUUUAAAAUAG